AUGCUGCAGGUGCACUCGUCUUGGACUGGAUCUGCAUGGGCGGGUGGAACGCCUGGUGCUGCGCAUCAGCCUACGCCGUUAGGAAGUCUCACAUGUAAGGCGUACCUUAAAUCAUCUUGCGGAGCAACAUCUUUGCCGGGUUCUUUUCAAGGGGAAAAAUAUUACAGCAAUUCGCUUCAUCACAUUUAUAUAUUUAUAGGUCAACAAAGAUGUCACUGCAAAAUCUUGACUGGCUUCUCCCUUUCUAUAAGGUUGAGGCUUAGGCCCAGCGGCGCUCAAAGCACUAAAUAAAACAGCCGGUUAGUUUUUACCUCUAGAGAUCUAGCCCUUUCAACAAUAUAUAGGUCAACAAAGAUGUCACUUUCUAGAUGGGAAUAUCGGUCUAACGCAACCUCCACGAACCCAUUCCUUGACACGGGCAGAAGUACGCUGAAUCCUGCCUGUCCUGAAUUUUACCCAGCUGGUCACACGCGAACUGGUGAGAACGGCGUGCAAUUACCUUUAGAAUUAUGGCUCACCCUUAUCCAUCUUCCGAAGCAUGAGCAUCUCGUCAGAGACGUUUUCAUCAAUGUCAUCACUUGUGCAUAAGGUUGCGACUCAGAUUGAAGAACCAUCUAUAGGCGUCCGACGUUUUCAUCAAGGUGAAAGCGCUCUCAGGUGGAUGAGCUUCGAGAUGGCUCCAAUAGAAGUGGGCUCGGCUCCAAUAGAAGGCACACCACUGACGACACGAACCGGAG